CAUCACCUCCUUCACGGGACCUCCUCAACCCUAAACCCAUCCCUCGACAACAUGUCCCGACCACGAAUCGCCUGCUUCCACGGCGGCGGGUCCAACUCGACCAUCUUCUCGAUCCAAUCCGCGCAGCUGUCUGAGCUCCUCUCCGAAUUCGAGUUCGUCUUCUUCGACGGCCCGUUCGAGCGCGGCCCGGGCCCCGGCGUGCUCCCCGCAUUCCGCAACGACGGGCCCUUCCGCUCCUGGUUCACCACCGACCCCUCCGGCCUCGAGGUCUCCGAUGGCAGCGGCUUCGGCGACGGCGAGGAGGACGGCAUCGAGCGCAUCUACCGGCUCAUGGACGCCAAGGGGCCCGGGGGCACGUGGGUCGGCGUGAUGGGGUUCAGCCAGGGCACGAGGCCGGCGGGGGGCGUGCUGUUGGAUGUGCAACGGGGGGAGAGGAAGACGGUGCCGGGACGGGAUAUACGGUUCGGGGUGCUGUGUAUGGGUGGGGGGAUGCCGAUGGAGUCGGACGGAAAAUCAAGCACCUCCGCCCUCGUGACCCUCCCCACGCUUCACGUCCACGGCCUCAAAGACAUGUUCCUUCCGCUGGGCCAGCACCAGUUCACAACGUACUACGACCCGUCGAAAGCGCAGCUCUACGAGAUCGAUUACCACCACGCCAUGCCGUGGGUGCGCGCGGAGGUUGAGCAUUUCGGAGACUUGAUUCGGAAGAUGUAUCGCCAGACGCGAUAGUAGGGCAUACCUCGGAGUAAUCUUUGUUUGUAUGUUGAUGGGUUGGUCGUGGGUAGUUCCGGGGGGGGUUGGUUUGGUGGAUAUUACCCGGGUCUCUUGUUGAAGGAAAAAUGGAGGGGACUUAUCGGUGGUUAGAUUGGUAUAGUUAAUAGACUUUUUUUCCCUUCGUGUUGGGUUUGAG